UCCCCCCUUGCAUGUCUUAAGAUCUACACAAGACAAUCUCUCUCUCGCUCUCUCUCUCUCUCUCUCUCUCUCUCUCUCAACCUCUCUCAACCUCUCUCUUAUGGAUUCCAAGCUUCUUCUCCACCAUAGAGGCUUUCCUCCAACUACUCCACGCCGGAAUCUGACCCACAUGCUGAAACGUUCUCCUCCAAUCCUCGCAGUGAUUGCAAAACCAAAGAAAAACAUCGCAAUCGAAACGGAAACAAUGACAAUCUACAACGACAAUUGGUUUGAUCGAAUGGCCAUUCACCACCUCUCUAAAAAUGUCCAAACCGCUACAGGGAUUAAAAACAGUAAGACAGGUUAUGAAAGCUUGAUAGAGGCAGCUACUUAUGUUUCAAAGAAUUACAAUCCAAACAAACAGCAAGAACUGGUCAUUCAAGCUCUUCAAAGUGCCUUUCCCAAGCCCCUCCUUUCAAUGAUCAGAACUUUGAUGCCACACUCCAAAUUCACGAGAGAAUUCUUCGCUGUCUUCACCACCAUCUUUUUCUCUUGGCUCAUUGGACCCUGUGAGGUGAGGGAAUCGGAGCUUGAAGGAAGCAUUGAGAAAAACGUGGUUCACAUCAGGAAAUGCAGGUUUUUGGAGGGGACCAGUUGUGUAGGGAUGUGCACCAACCUGUGUAAGAUGCCAUCCCAAAAGUUCAUCAAGGACUCCUUCGGAAUUCCAGUCAACAUGGUACCUAAUUUCGAGGACAUGAGCUGCGACAUGAUAUUUGGUGAAGAACCUCCUGCGGCGAUGGAUGAUCCAGCAUUCAAACAGCCUUGCUACAAAUUUCUCUGUAAAGCAAAGCAAAAGCAUAACUUGGAUUGCUCCAGCGUAUGAAAGACGAGGAAGAGCGCAAAAUCUUGUUAUCAUACCAGGAAGUCAAUGGAUAUUUCUCACUUAUUUUAUUCUAUGUAUGUUAUUGAAAAAAAAAAAUGUUAUUCAAAUUUUCAAUGAGCUUAAACCACAAUCAACCACAGAUGAAUGUUUCAGUCCUUAAAACAUGCGUGCAAAGAUUCCGCCGGGUGAAUGGAUCACGUAAAUACUUGCAGGCAUGCGGGCAGCAAGAUUCGAGAAACUCAUAAUGUUGGUUUUUUUAUAUUAAGCAAUCGACAAAUCUUACAUGGUUGGAUAGUUUGUGCAAGUGGGG